UCCCGUAGUCAACGACUUCCCCGUUCUCGGCCUCCCUCUGCCAGUCGGCCUCCCUCUGUAGUCCAUGGCGUGGUGCCGUGGCGUGGUGUCGGAUCGACCGAUCUUGCACGAGAUCAUUCUCGAGGUCGGUGUCGUGCCGCCAAAAGGUUGCAUUUAUCGCAUGAGCGAGGAGGAACUUACAGUACUCUGCAUGCAACUCGACGACUUGUUGGACAAAGGCUGGAUCCGGCCUAGCAGCUCACCCUAUGGUGCGCCGGUUCUCUUCGUUCAGAAGAAGAACAAGGACCUUCGCCUAUGCAUCGAUUACCACAAGCUCAAUGCGCAAACUGUCAAGAAUGCGGGACCUCUUCCUCGUAUUGACGACCUUCUGAAGCCCUUGGGUGGCGCGAAAUUUUUUUCCAAACUGGACUUGAAGUCAGGAUAUCAUCAGAUCUCGAUUCGGCCGCAAGAUUGCUACAAGACCACGUUCAAGACACGGUACGGGCACUUUGAGUGGGUCGUCAUGCCUUUUGGACUCACCAACGCCCCGACGACUUUUCAAGCGGCGAUGACCAACGAGUUCCGUGCAAUGCUGGACCGGUUCGUGUUGGUCUACUUGGACGACAUCCUCGUCUAUAGUCGGACCUUGGAGGAACAUCUUGACCAUCUUCGACGAGUGUUGGAGACACUCCGGCGCGCCAAGUUCAAAGCCAACUGCGACAAGUGUGAAUUCAUACGCCAAGAGUUGGAAUACUUGGGCCACUUCAUUACUCCACAAGGCAUCAGUCCGUUCAAGUUGUCGGACAAGAUUCAAGCCGUCCAAGAUUGGCCGGAGCCGCAGACCGUCACGGAUGUCCGAUCAUUCCUUGGCCUUGCCGGCUACUACCAACAUUUCAUCACAGGGUACUCGAAGAUUGCGGCUCACUUAACCAAGCUUCAAUGCGAGGAUCGGCCGUUUGACUUCGGGACGGACGUGCGUGAAUCAUUCUUGGCCCUCAAGGCCGCAUUGCUCUCCGCGGAGGUAUUGCGGAUAUACGACCCGCUAUUGCCAACACGUGUCACCACGAACGCGUCCGACUAUGGCAUUGGCGUUGUCCUCGAACAACAUGACGUCGUGGAACGACACCCGGUCGAAUACUUCAGCAAGAAAGUGUCGGUCGUGCACUCAAUCGAUGAUGUACGCAAGAAGGAACUUCUCGCCUUCGUCCACGCACUCAAGCGGGAAGCGAUUGCCAUGGACAUUACCGGGCCGUUCCCCAAGCACAAGACGGGUGUGGAUGGGAUCCUUAUGGUGGUUGACCGACUCACCAAGUUUGCCAUGUUUUUGCCUUGCCGCUAUCAUGCCAAGGCACCAGAGUUGGCCGAGGUUCUCUGCCGGUUGGAUUCGAAGCAAGGGUUACCCCAAGGAGAUCGUCUGCGACCGCGACACUCGGUUCAUGUCCGAUUUUUUGUUGGCGCUCAUCAAACGAUGGGGCUGAUCCCUCAAGCCAAGUUCGGCUCGCCACCCCAAACUGAUGGCCAAACUGAGAGGGCACAUCAGACUGCACAGGUCCUCCUACGAACUCUCAUCCGGCCCGACCAGAAAGAUUGGGUUGAGCAGCUGCCGGAUGUCGAGUUGGCAUACAACUCGUCCAUCCACCCGGCUAUCGGGAUGUCACCCUUUGAGUUCGAGCAUGGAUCGCCGGUCAAUUCUCCGUUGGACACAAUCAUUCCACGGGCGGCUGAGAGCGACGACCAUCUUCUCUUCAUUCGUCGGAUGCAAGAGCUUCUUGUCAAGGCACGUGACCAGAUGGCAAAGACGCAGCAACGUAUGCGCCAACAGGCCAACCGCCAGCGUCUUCCUUGUCCAUUCCGCGCCGGCGACCUUGCGCAGGUGGUCGUCGAUAUGAACUUGCACGUGUUGGAUGCGUUCGUUGGUUAUCCGGGAAGUUGUCACGACGUGAGGAUCGUCCACCUGUCGAGUUUAUGGGCGCGCGCGGAGGCAGGGGAGCUUUUCACUCGGUCACCUGUCAUGCUGCCUUUCGGUGUGCGGACGAACAGGUACUUGCUGGGCGACAAUGGUUAUCCCCCCUCCGAGUGGACAGUCGUCUCAUACGGCAGUCUCGCGCAACACCAUUAUGAGGCACGCUUCGACAACAAACAGAAGACGACGAGGGGAGCCGUAGAGAGGGCGUUUGGCAGACUGAAGGGGACAUGGAGGUUGUUCCGCCGCACCCACAAGUGCAACAUGGACACCUUGGCGCAUCAAUUUAUGGCCGUCUGCAUCCUGCACAACAUAUUGAUCGACGCAGGCAUCCCGUUUGACGACAAUCUGUUGUGGGAGGUGGGUCCAGACGGCGUGCAUCGUAGAGUUGAUCUUGGGAUACAUCAGCCAUUGAGGCCAGUGUGCGUGGAGUCAUCAACGGGGGAUGCGCUAAUCUUGAGGGACGCGCUGGUGGAGUGAAUGACUCGGAAUGAGUGCUCAGUGAGGAUGGCCAUGCAUGCAUGUCGAUACCCCGCGAUCGCCCACAUGCG